AUGCACCUUUCGUCUAGACGAGCCGCCAAUGAGAAGCUUGAUUUUGCUUCGAUUGAGAUGGUAAUUCUGGCUUUCUGGGUGGUGUGGCUCUCCAAGCUGCGUUUGAACGAAUGGAAGCGCGCUGCAGACAAUGGCUGCACCCUGCUGGGCGUUGAGCGUCCGAGCUUUGAGAUUGUUCAUCGGCUCAAGAACGGCCGGACCUAUGAGUCCCCGAGUUCCCGCCUCCCAAAGGGAACGAAGCACGUUAUCGACUGGGUUCACCCGGAUGUCGACUUGGCGUCGCCUUGUAAAAUGUGA